CUACUCCCUCCGCGUGCGGGCGGGGCUCCGGAGUCUGGUCCAAUCAGAAGGAGGGUGGGCCGGGCGUUCGCCUUCCUGGUCCUGUUUUUGCUCCAAAGACCUUCGAAAGAAGGGAGCGCGCGCCGGCUCUGGCAGAUCGUGUCCCAGGGAUUGCCAGCAGUUGGGAACCCAAGCUGACCACAUCGCAACAUGGCCCUGUGGCAGAAGAUCCAGAUGUUGGACACAGUGUACCUGGAGCAGGUGCAUAACCUCUAUAUGGAUGAACGCCUGCCCAUGGAAGUGCGAGAGUACAUCGCCUACUGGAUUGAGGAGCAAGACUGGAACCAGGCAGCACAGUUUGGGAGCUCACUAGCCUGCUGUCUUUUCCACAAUAUGCAGUCGCUCCUGGAUGAUCAGCUGGGGCGCCUAGUUUUGAGCGAAGAGAAUAACUCGAACAUCGUGCUCAAACACAACUUGCACCGCUCCAAAGUCCAUCUCCAGGCACUGUAUCAAGAUCAUCCAGAGCAAUUGGCCCAGGUGAUCGAUGACCUGCUGAAGCAGGAGCGAGAGAUACUGGCAGCUGCCUUGGCUGCCUCUCAACCAGUGGUUGAAGCCCCAGUUACUGCUUCCAUGACCUCCAGUCAACAGGAGAAGAUUGGGGCCAGGCUGUCAGAGAUGCGAAAGGCUAUUCAGGCUCUAAAAAACUCAAUUGAUCAACUUGAAUUACUGCAGGACACCUUUGAUUUCCGUUUCAAGACACAAAGGAUUUUAGAAAGUACGGUGCCUAAUACUGACCCUGGUUUGAUCCGAAGAAUGCAGGAGUUACAAAUCAUGUUAAAUAAGGUGGACCGUUCCCGCAAGGAGGUGCUGGCCCAGAUCCAGGGACUGCUGGGCUUCUUUGAGACUCUGAGGGACUUGCUACUGGAAGAGCGAGAGGCCUGGAAAGACCGCCAGCGGCAGGCAUGCAUUGGAAACAAUUGCGAUACCCGCUUAGGACAGCUGGAGAAAUGGUUCACUGCAAACGCCGAGGACCUCUUCCAUUUACUGCAGCUGUUGCAGACACUGAAGGACCUGCAACAAAAGUUGACUUAUGACCAAGACCAGCUGAAAAUGUGCUUGCCCCAGCUGGAAAAUCGAUUGAAGGAACAAAUCAUCUUCCUUUUGAAAAGUGCCUUCGUGGUGGAGAUUCAGCCCACCAUGCCUUACCCCUGUCGCCGGCCACUGGUGCUGAGAACAAACCAGAAGUUCUCUGUCCGUGCCAGGCUCCUUGUGAAACUGAUGGAUCGGAACCAUCCGAUGGAGGCCAAGAUUGAGAUUGACAGGGAUUCUACCAAUUUGGCAGGGUUUCGAAAGUUCAACAUUUUGACAUCAACUACCAAGACCUUGAUGAUGGACAGGCCCCAAACAGAGGGACUCAUUUGUGACUUCAAGCACAUUUCACUGAGAGAACAGAAGAUCUCUGGUUCUGGCAAAGGAAAGGGAGGCAAAGGGAUCAGUGAGGGAGGGUUGUCUGUCCUGGAGGAGCUGCAUGUCAUUACUUUCACCCUGGACUAUUGGUACCAAGGUCUCCAAUGCCAGCUGCAGACUUCCACUUUGCCGAUGAUAAUCAUCUCUAAUGUCAGCCAGAUGUCCAGUGCCUGGGCCUCCAUCUUGUGGUUCAUUAUGCUCAAUAGAGACCCAUUGAACCAGCGGUUCUUCAUCAACCCGCCAGCUGCCACUUGGCCCCAGUUGUCUACUGUCCUGAGCUGGCAGUUUUCCUCCGCAACUGAGAAAGGCUUGAAUGCAGACCAGCUCAAGAUGCUGGGGGAGAAGCUCUGUGGUUCACCUGUCACAGCACAGAGCAUCAUUACCUGGAGCCAGUUUGCUAAAGAUUCUCCUCCCAGUUUCUCCUUCUGGACCUGGAUUGAUGGGAUUUUGCUCCUGAUUCAGGAGAAUCUGUUGCAUCUCUGGAAGAAUGAUCUCAUUAUGGGAUUUGUGAGCCGAAAGCGUGAGAGGCAUCUGUUGAAGAAGAAGAGGGGGGGCACCUUCCUCCUCCGCUUCAGCGAAAGCACCAAGAGCGGUGGCAUCACCUGCACCUGGGUGGAAUAUGAUGACAAAGGUUCCCCCAUGUUUUCUGCGGUAGAGCCCUACACCAGAGAACAACUCAAAGUCCUGCCACUGCCUGACAUCAUCCGCGACUACCAUGUUCUGGCAGAUGAGGUCAUCCCGGAAAAUCCACUCCAGUACCUCUAUCCAGACACUCCCCGGGAUGAAGCUUUUGGUCCUUACUACAGCGAACGCCGAGAAGCAGACCUGCCAGAACAAAGGAAGUACCUAACACGCCGCCUGAUCAGCGUCUCCUCUAGCAUAACAAAUCCAUCUAGGCAACCAGAAGAGGUCCAAGCCCUAGACUUCCUGGUUGCAGACUCCAAUGCCUCAGAUUUCCAAGAUCUUGAGCUGAAAGCCCCAGACCAUCACAUUCCAGAGGCCAGUGUCCCAAUGGUGAAUGGUGUGGUCUUUGAAAAUGGCAUUGCGUUGCCCAGUGAGUUGGAGGAACCAGAACAAGGAGGCCUUCUGUGUAACAGCCAAGAUCCUUAUCUCCUGCAGCUAGAGGACGAGCAGUACCUGGGGCAGGUGACAUCUGAGCUGUUCAUGCCAUCUGAGGAAUUACAAGAGCUGAAACUGGAUGAUGAAGACCUCAACUUUUAGACAACUUCUUCUUUUUCCCCCUUGGCUUCAAAAGUGGUCAUAAUCUUAGAAAUAAAGAACAAUGCAGAGAACAUCCAUGGGAAUUUCUGCCAAGCUGAACAUCGUAAGUUUACAGCCAUUUCACUUAGUGGUGGCUGCCAUUGUGCCCCAAUGCAAAGCUGAGUAUUCUCAUUAACCAACUCAAAAACAAUGUUAGGGAAAGAGAUUGUCUAUAGUUAUUCGAAACUGGAAGAGUGGUGAAACCACUGAAGUGAAUGUUGAUCAGGAGAGUUGGGUGAAUAUACAGUAUAUUAUGGACAUGGGCAAACUUUGGCCUUCCAGGUGUUUUGGACUUCAGCUCCCUCAAUUCCUAAUAGCUUCCCGGCCGAAGUUUCCCCAUACCUGGUAUAUAAGGUAAGGGCAAUUAUAGAAAAGAGAAAAGAAGGGGAUUUACACACAGUGUCUUGGUAACUGGACAACAGUAACUUCUCUUAGCAAGUAAAAGUGUUGAAAAGAGAGGUAGUUACAGGGCCGUUGCCUUUUUUUCAGCCAUCUGUAUUCUCAGUCCUUCACUAUUUAGAAAAGAAAUCCUGCUCCCUUUGUCUUGGCCAGCCAUGUUUUGUGAGCUAGCCCUAACAAGUUUUCCUUGAACAGAGAAUAUUUUCCUCCUGUUUAAUGACUUUCUUUUAUUUCUUUGUUUUUAAAAUUGAAUGGAAAAGAUUAGUUGGAGGAAAGAUGAGUAAAUGACUCAAUCUGGCAACUGGUUUUACCAACUAAAUUGAAAAGAGAAUCAGAUUUAUCUCUGGGUUGCUGUAAGUUUUUUCGGCUGUAUGGCCAUGUUCCAGUAGCAUUCUUUCCUGAUGUUUCGCCUUCAUCUGUGGCUGGCAUCUUCAAAGUUAUGUCAGCAGUGAAGCAAGUGGAGUGUAUAUAUAGAUUUAUCUCUGAUUUUCUUAAAAAACAAAACCUGUUGUCAUUGCUUCUUGCUUGGGCUACGUGUCAGAAUUUAAGAAAUGGCUGUGUUGGUGACUAUUGACUUUUUGUGGGAUUGUGGUUUGCAUUUGUACAGAUGUAAAUAAACAGAAUACAAAACACCA